AGCAGCCGGCGGUCCAGACGUGCGGGUUUGAUUUUAAGAUGCUUCCAAAAUUCCUCCCUCUCCUGCUGCUGUGCACCCUAUCAUGGCAUCAUGCACACUCGUCCCGCAUUCUCGCAGUGUUCGUAUUCCCGAGCCGUAGCCACUGGAUGAUGAUCGAUGCCAUCCUGAAUGGAUUGCUGGACCGGGGCCAUCAGGUCACUACCAUUGCCAACUAUCCACUCUCUCGGCAGCACGCAAAUUACACCGACCUUCGGGUGGCGCCGAUUUACGAUUUUUGGGAAAAAUCCGUCAAAGUGGAUUCACUGUUCGAUUUGACGGAAAUAUCCAUCCAUCAGAUGUUGAUGAAUUUCCUGUACAGUAUGGGAGUGGAGACGACGCAGCACGGUUUCACGAGGGAGAACGUACGGGAAUUUAUCCAGCAGGACGAGAGCCACUUUGAUUUGAUUUUGGCCGAACAGUUCUACCAGGAGGCGUAUUUGAUGUUUGCCCACAAGUAUAAGGCUCCGAUUGUGACUGUUGGAACCUUCGGGUUUGGCUUGUACAUGGGGCCAAUGAUGGGAAUGAUGAACAUGUACUCUCACGUUCCCCACGAGUUUCUACCUUUCAUGGACAAGAUGACCUUCCCGCAGAGGAUCUACAACACCGCUGUUUCAUUGUACGAGCAAACGUUGAGAACUUUCUAUUACCUUCCGAAGCAGGAAGCAAUGGCACUGCAGAACUUUGGUCAUCUCCAGGGGCCUCUCCCGAAGGUUGGUGAUCUUGAACGAAAGGUUUCGGUUGUUCUAUUGAACAGCUAUUACCCCCUGACGACGGCACGUGCCCGGGUUCCCGGAAUGAUUCAGGUUGGUGGACUGCACAUCAAGGAACCCAAGCCUUUGCCGACGGAUUUGCAGAAAUUCUUGGAUGGAGCCAAGGAAGGAGCAAUCUAUUUCAGUUUGGGAACCAAUUUGAAGAGUUCCGAUUUGCCGAAAGAGAAGCUGAAUGCCAUCCUGAACGUGUUCCGACCGAUGAAGCAGCGAAUUGUGUGGAAGUUCGAAGACGAGUCUGUCAAGGACCUUCCCAGCAAUGUGCUGAUCAAAUCUUGGAUGCCACAGAAUGACAUCCUAGCUCAUCCGAAUGUGAAGGUUUUCAUAACUCACGGAGGUCUGUUGGGUACCCAGGAGGGUGUUCACCGGGCAGUCCCCAUGCUGGGUAUUCCGAUCUACGCUGAUCAGCAUCUGAACAUGAACAAGGCCGUGCUGGGCGGCUAUGCGGUCAAGUUGUUCUUCCCGAAUGUCACCGAGACUUCGUUCCGAUGGGCACUGGAGGAGUUACUGCACAAGCCGGAGUACAAGAAGAACAUGGAUAGGGUAUCGGAGGUGUUUAGGGAUCGCCCGGUUCCUGCUCUGGACGAAGCGGUGUACUGGGUGGAGUACGUGAUUCGGCAUAAGGGGGCGCCGCAGCUACGAUCUGCAGGCUUGGAUCUGCCGUGGAUUAGUUUCGCUCUCUUGGAUGUGAUGGCGCUGGUAGUGGGAGUUUUAGUUCUGGUUGGUUUGAUUGCCAGGAGAUUGGUAAAUGUUAUGUUAUGCAGAAGUAGUAAGAAACGUAAAACUGAAUAA